AUGURCAUUAUCAUGCUGCUAUCAUCAGGUUCCCCGGACCUCUCCGCCAUUCCUGUGAAGUACCAGGACCUUCGGAAGGUGUUCAACAAGGCCCAGGCCACUUCGCUUCCGCCGCACCGACCUUAUGAAUGCGGGAUUGACCUUCUCCCUAGCACCACUCCGCUCCGGGGACAACUGUACUCGUUGUCGGGACCGGAGACCAAGGCUAUGGACACCUACAUUGGGGACUYCUUAGCUGCAGGAUUUAUACAACAUGUGCUCCAYGUCCGACAGGUUCUUCAACGCCUUCUAGAGAACCAGCUGUUUGUUAAGGCAGWGAAGUGCGAGUUCCAUCGCUCCGCCWUSCCCUUUCUGGGUCCCACAGCUAUUACCCCGGAGMCCGAGACCAUCCUUCCCACCUCGUGCCUGGCAACAUUGUUCGCAGCUGAACCCCGGGGGGGUCCUGAUAACCGGAUGUUCGUGCCUGACGCGGUCCACUCCGCGGUCCUGGAGUUGGCCCACUCCUCCAGACUGGCCUGCCACCCGGGUUCCCGCCGGACCCUGGCGUUUGUGCGACAACGCUUUUGGUGGCCCACCAUGGUUCGUCGAAUGCGGAGACGAGGAAAAGGCCGGCGUACCWUCUGCCCAGAUGUUUGUCCGCCGCUGUCGUCGUACCCGGAGGAGAGCCCGGUCGGUAUCGAUGACAAGCAGAUCGACCUCAGAACCCUGCUCCCCGGGAUCGUCUCUGGCAGAAGAGAGCUGGCUGUGCUGAAGGAGAAACURGGAACCACGGACCAGAAACUCAGAGCUGUGGAGGAGCUGAGGAGUGUGAACAAAGCUCAAGAGGAAGAACUGAAGACUUUGAAGGAGGGUUUAAAGUGUCUGGUUCUGGGCCUUUGGACCGAUCUCCACCGACAUCCAUUUACAGUACAAUCUUCCGAAUGGACGGUACAAUUGGACCUGAGCCAUAAUAAAUUGCAGUCGCUCGACAGCACUGUGUUUAGGAAACUGCGGCACYUAAGUGAGAUAAAGCUUAACAACAAUGAAUUCGAGACGGUACCUGAUUUGGGCCCUCAUGCGGCAAACAUCACCACCCUCAUUCUAGCAAACAACAGAAUCACGCAGAUCUCWCUGGAGCAGCUGAGGCCCCUGCAACGCCUGGAGACCCUGGACCUCAGCAAUAACAGCAUAGUGGAUAUCAAGGCUGACUCCUUCCCUGCGCUGCCUCUCAAGAACCUUAUCAUGAACAACAACCGCGUUUCCACCCUGGAGAUGGGYUGUUUUGUCAACCUGUCCAGCACCCUGCAGGUCCUCAGGCUCAACCGCAACCGCCUCUCAACCAUCCCUGCCAAGAUCUUCCAGCUCCCCAACCUCCAGCACCUGGAGCUGAACAGGAACCGAGUGCGCAGGGUGGAGGGCCUGACGUUCCACGGCCUACAUGCGCUGCGCUCGCUGAAGAUCCAGAGGAACGGUAUCAGCCGCCUGAUGGACGGAGCCUUCUGGGGCCUCAGUAACAUGGAGGUCCUGCAGCUGGACUACAACAACCUGACGGAGGUGAGUAAGGGCUGGCUGUAYGGCCUGCUGACUCUGCAGCAGCUCCACCUGGGCCACAACGCCAUCAGCCGGAUCCAGCCCGACGCCUGGGAGUUCUGCCAGAAACUCAGCGAGCUGGACAUCUCGUCCAACCACUUGACAAGACUGGAGGAGUCCAGCUUUGUGGGCCUCAGCCUGCUUGACGAACUCCACAUCGGGAACAACCGUGUGAGCUUCAUCGCAGACGGAGCCUUCCGAGGACUCUCCCACCUACAGAUGCUAGAUCUACAGAACAACGAAAUYUCCUGGACCAUUGAAGACAUGAACGGACCAUUUUCUGCUCUGGACAAACUGAGGAAACUGUUCCUUCAAGGAAAUCAAAUCCGCUCGGUGACCAAGAAGUCAUUCUCUGGCCUGGACAYACUGGAGCACCUAGAUUUGAGUAACAAUGCGAUCAUGUCGGUCCAAGGGAACGCCUUUGUGCAGAUGAAGAAGCUUGAGGAACUGCACCUGAACACAUCCAGCCUCUGUGACUGCCAGCUCAAGUGGUUUCUCUGUGGGAUGUCAAAUAAAACGUCCAUCCCUUUUGUCCCUCCAGUGCUUCCCUCCUUCACCAAGAUGCCCAUGGACCUGAGUAUUCGGRCCGGUGCCACGGCCAGACUGGAGUGUGCCGCCGUGGGUCACCCGUCUCCACAGAUCGCCUGGCAGAAAGACGGGGGCACAGACUUCCCCGCUGCCCGUGAGCGUCGUAUGCACGUGAUGCCUGAGGACGAUGUGUUCUUCAUCGUGGAUGUGAAGACAGAGGACAUCGGGUUGUACAGCUGCACCGCCCAGAACACCGCCGGAGCCAUAUCAGCUAACGCUACGCUAAUUGUGCUAGAAACGCCCUCCUUCCUGCGCCCUCUCAUGGACCGCACCGUGGCCAAAGGGGAGACUGCGGUCCUCCAGUGYAUCGCCGGCGGCAGCCCUUCCCCCAGGCUCAACUGGACCAAAGACGACAGCCCCCUUGUGGUCACAGAGCGUCACUUUUUCGCCGCCGGCAACCAGCUGCUCAUAAUCGUGGACGCAGCGGAGGGCGAUGCCGGGAAGUACACAUGCGAGAUGUCCAACACGCUGGGCACCCAGCGGGGCAACGUGCGCCUAGCCGUACUGCCCAACCCUAACUGUGACGUGGGGGUGGGCGCCUCGGGAGGUGUAGGCUCGGACGAGGAUGGCUGGACMACGGUGGGCAUCGUCAUCAUCGCGGUGGUGUGCUGCGUGGUGGGCACCUCGCUGGUCUGGGUGGUCAUCAUCUACCAUACGCGUCGGCGCAACGAGGACUGCAGCGUCACCAACACAGACGAGACCAACCUGCCUGCAGACAUCCCCAGCUACCUGUCCUCUCAGGGCACRCUGGCCGACAGACAAGAUGGCUAUGUCCCCUCAGAGAGUGGCAGUGGCAACCACCAGUUCAUGGCUUCCUCCAUGAGUGGAUUCUACAUGCAGCCUAAAGACAUGAAUGGUCUGUGUCAGCUGGACACGGGAAGUGAAGCGGACAUGGAGGCGGCCAUAGAUCCCCUGCUCUGCCAUUACCAAGGACCCAUCAGCUCUCUCCUCAGGAGAGGCAACAUGUAACACCGAGAACCCUCAGAGGCUUUCACAGGUUGGUGCAACAGAUAA